UUCCUCUAAAAUCUUCUCUACUUAUUAUUCUCUUGUAGAAGAAAUAAGAUUCUUGAUUUGACUGGAAAGUUUCAAGAAAUGGGUGUCGUGAGGAACCUUUGUUCUCUUAAAUUUGAAGUAAAAAUCGUGGAAGCGAGAAACGUAGAGCUCAAGUCAUCACCAAGCUCUCUCUUCAUUAGAUUCUAUCUCCAUGCAGGAAGUAACCGUAAGGUUGAACUAAACACUACAGAGAUCUGUUCAAGACCAGACAACGAUGUCACGAUAUGGAACCAAUCAUUCGGUUUGGAGUGCCAAGGGGACGAAACCGCCAUCGAGGAACUGAAGCAAGAAAGCGUCCUUUUCGAGCUGCGAAGAAGGAAAACGACAUCGUUUAUGGGUAAAUGGUCGAGAUCAGAGUUGGUGGGUAGAGGAGAGGUUUCUUGGAAAUCGGUUAUGGAGUCGGAUGGGAUGGAAAUAGAGAGAUUUGUAGUGAUGGGUGAGAAGAAAGAUGGAGAAGAUUGUAAUAAGCCUCUUAUGUUGAAGAUAGGUUUGAAACUUCAAGCUUCAAAGUUGGUGAACACUAAGAGAGUUGAAGAUCUUUGUGGGUGUAAAGAUUGUAAGACAUGUGAUUGCUUAGAUUAUGAAGCUUUUGUUGUGGCAUGUGCGUUAGAUGGUAUCUAGUUUGUAAUAAAUAAGAUCUAAUUCAAACUAA